CAGUGAUAAUUUAAACAUUUACUGAGAAUAUUUAACCUCCUUUAACCUUCAAAAUGAAAAAGUAACUCAGUAUGUAUAUUUUCUGAAUUCAAUAUUUUCUUUAUACGACAAGUGAAUCACACAGUAGUUUUUACGUCGGCUGUAUUUGUGAAGAGACUAUUGGACGAAUAUCAUGUCUACGAGGAUGUCUUCUGUUCAGUGAUGUACAAGAAAAAUGCCUAAAUUGUCUAACCCUGUUCGCAAUCUUCGUCCCCAGCUUCGGCUUGAUUUGAAAUGGCUGAAAACAGACAUUCAGGUUGCUUUCACACCUGAUGGCUUGAAAAAGCUUUGGAAUGAGUUGGUAAAAGAUGGAGAAAAACCAGCCAAUCCUACUGAUAUAAAAGUCAAUGCUGCUGGAGUUCCUGCUCAUAAGGGAGAAUCUGGUCAUUACUAUUGUGGGCGUAAUAUCCUUUCAUGUUCAUGCUGUGAUGGACAGUGUGGUCCUGAUGUUGGAUGCAACUGCUUAUCAUGUCAAAAGCUUGACCAGGAAGAACGAGAGCAGAAAGAAGAAGAAGAGCAGCAGUUGCCUGCAGCAGGAACAAUGAUGGAUUAUUGGAUUUGGGGAGAUCAACCAUCAGAAACUCAACUUCAGGAGGCAUUACAAGCAUUGAUCUUGGAGCAGCAUAAGUUAGCAAGUCAGGCAGCUGGCACAACAUUGUCAGCUAUAAGACUGCAACAGAGAUUAGCUGUCUUAGGACGAUAUUUCAUUUCUUUAUCAAGGCAUAAACAAAGUACUGAUGAUGGGAAAAAAGACAAGGGUGCUACUAAAGUUAAAACAAAGACAUGUCUUCAAAUGAAAACAAGAACCAUAGGUAAAGAGCAAGCAUCUCUUGGUCUAGCAAGAAUUGGGGCCCGUGCUGCACUGUCAUUUGCUUUUGCAUUCUUACGUCGUGCAUGGCGCUCAGGAGAGGAUUCUGAUCUCUGUCAAGAGCUCCUUGAAGAAGCUCUUGAAGCACUACAGCAGUUACCGGAAGCUACAUUAUUUGAAGAGACAUCAGUAUCACCUGUUUGGCUUGAGGUGGUUGAAAGAGCAACUAAGUUCCUGAAAUCAGUUGUAGCGGGAAAAGGCAAUGAAGAUAAAGUGUACUGCAAACCACUUGACAGCGUUCCAGUUUGUGACCAGCAUGUAGCGUUAGGGAUUCUCAUGGAACUGGCAGUUCAGCGUGGUACUUUACAACACAUGCUAGAAGCAAUACUAUUACUUUUAGAACUGUGGGAUAAUGGUCAAGAUAAUGACACAGAAGCAUCAUUUACAAGUGCACCACUAGUUGGACUCCUCAAAAGAUUCCAGGAAAUCCCUGGGGCACCUUCUAAAAGUUUUGAGUCAUCCAGUAAACUUUCUGAUGAGAGUCUAACAACGUUGAUACCAAAAGUAAGCCCUACAGAGUCCUUCCUACGCUAUCUUGCUCUCCCUGAUGAUGAGAGUGAAUUUGUUGAGUUACAACACAUUGCUGUAGUUUUGAUGUCUCACCUGGACAGGCUGGCAGCACCAUAUACUCCACCAUCAUCAUCUAAUCAGAAGGCAUCAAGUGCUGCUCUUUUCCAAGAGGUUCUAGGUUUUGGGUGGCUGAAUUGGGAUAAUACUGGUCAUCCAUCAGGACCUAGUACCCUACAUAACCUGGUAGAACUAGGAGUUAAACAAAUAUGUUGCUCUGAAAGAUGUGUCUUGGUACUAUCCAGAGCAGGCAAGGUUUAUAUGCACCCAUAUUCUUCUGAAGGACAGGGGCCAGUAUUAUAUGAAUCACUGUCCAGAAAAUGCGAAAUCACUAAAAUAUCCUGUCAUCCCGAAGGCAAGCAUUUCAUGGCCCUUACGAGAGAAGGAGAGGUUUAUUCAUGGGGUAGUGGAGACGGUGGCAAGCUAGGACAUGGUGAUACUAGUUCCCAUGAUGAACCAACUUUAAUCACGGGACUUGCUGGAAAACAGGUAGUUCAGAUCUCCUGUGGUAGUACUCACAGUGCAGCUGUAACCUCUGAAGGAGAACUAUAUACCUGGGGAAGAGGCAAUUAUGGACGUCUUGGUCAUGGCAGUAGUGAGGAUCAACUUGUCCCCAUGCUAGUUAGUGGUCUGAGAGGUUAUCAUAUCAUAGAUGUUGCUUGUGGUAGUGGAGAUGCUCACACUUUAGCUGUAGCUGAUGAUGGCACUGUGUGGUCUUGGGGUGAUGGUGAUUAUGGGAAGCUUGGUAGAGGUGGCAGUGAUGGAUGCAAGAGCCCAAAAGCGGUAGACAAACUGCAAAGUGUGGGUGUGAUUAAGGUCUACUGUGGUACACAGUACUCAGUAGCACUAACUAGAAAUGGUUCUGUAUGGACAUGGGGUAAAGGUGAAGGUUUUAGACUUGGCCAUGGCUCAGAGGAACAUUUUCGCUAUCCUAAGGUCAUAGAAGCUCUAUAUGGCAAAAGAGUCAUUGAUAUAUCAGUUGGUUCUAUACACUGCAUGGCAGUGACUGAUGAUGGUGAGGUGUAUUGUUGGGGACGUAAUGAUCAAGGUCAGCUUGGUGAUAUUGAAUGUCAGGCCAGACCUGUGCCUACUCAAGUUGCUGGAAUGAUUAGCAAGGGCAUUACUGGAAUUGCUUGUGGACCUGCACAGAGUUUUGCUUGGUCAUCUAUGGGUCACUGGAGUGUAGGUAUUAAAGUACCCUUUGCUGUUGAUGUUAGCAAAAAGACAUUUGAGUACUUGGAUGCAUUAUUAAGAAGAGUAAGUGAAGACCUGACGGGAUCACAAGAUUGGCCACCACCACCACAGGAGAAAGAAUGCAUUGCUGUUGCAGCAUUAAACCUUCUGAGAUUACAGCUACAUGCUGCUAUUACAGAGGGUGUAGACUCAGAGGAGAUAGGUGUUGGGGUAGGAAGUAAGUUACUACAGUCACUAAAACAACAAAUAGUGACACUGGCCAGCAACAAAGGUGUUCUAAAGACUGUACAAGUAGCAGCACAGGGAGCCUUGAAGAGUGGCUGGAUGUUACUACUCCCUACACCAGAAGAAAGAGCAAGAGCAUUGACUGAUCAACUUAUAGAAACUUGUGACAAACCAGCAGUAAUCCAUUCAGGAAAAAAGUUCAUGUCUGAACUGCUUGUCAAUAGCCUGAUGGCAGAUGGCAGCCUUGAGUUGGCUUUGGAAAAUGCAAUAGAAAACGAGAUAAGCAACUACAAGAUCGAGAAAGAUAAAGACAAAGGAACUGAGACAAAAGAUUUUGCAAGCAACGUGCCAAUCCUGCACCUGGCUCAGCAACUCCUAAAGACUUCUAGCACCCAUGUUAGAGCAGAGUUUCAGGAGAUGAUCUUGAAACCUCCUAAAUUACGAUGGCCUUACACCCCUCCUGCUAGAACGACUACUGUAGAAUUGCUACUCAAAUUACAACGACUUCUUAUUGGUAACCUGUUUACUAAAGAAGAAAGCGAGAAACCAUGGUUUAUUAGCAAUGGUGAAGAUCCUCCCCCUUCUAAAAAGCAGAUGGGAACAGCCUUGUUGCUUCAUAAGUACAUAACUCUUCUUUGUUCCCAUGUGGGAGAGGUAUUGCCCAUAGCCUCAACAGUUGCAGCUAAUGGGCCAAGGUACUUUGUGGCAUCAGCUCAGGUUAUCCAAAGAGAAUAUGUUGGGGUACUUUUACCAGAGCUGCUAACUUCUAUUGUACUCCUACAAACAUCUUUGCCAGCAGUGCUUGAAACUGUCCAGAUAAUCACAGUACUGGCUGGAUUGCUUGACAUGUUGGAUAAGUUCAAUAAACUUGCACCUGGAGUAAACAAGGAGGAUGAGGAAGACUUGGCUUGGCCUGGAGGGAUAGGGAGCCCAACGCCGGCUCAUCAUUGUGCCGAUGAUGUCACUCUCAUUAGACCAGCCGAUCUAGAGAACAAAAAUAAAGAAGGAGGUCUAUGGGUCGUUAUACAUGGCAAAGUUUAUGACUUGUCUGAUUUUAAAGAUCAGGCUCCCUGUAGCAAGGAACUGCUCCAGCACUAUGCCACAUGUGAUGCUACACAAGCAUUUGAAGAAGCUCACCACUCAAGUGAAUCUCGUGAAAUGAUGCAAGCACUUUUUGUUGGCAUCUAUGUUGAGCCUGAACAAGAGUUCGCCCUUGAUAGCGCCCUUACAGUGUCGUCACCUCUCAUCGACUCAGAACGCACACUAGCAUUAUUACUUGGUUUAGAUGCCUGUCACCUGUCUCGUUCAUUGCCGCUAUCAGUCCAUGAAGAAGAAUGUGAGAAGUGGACCUCAGCGGACUUCUUUGCAGGCGGACUUGAACACUCUUUUGUAGAGAAGAUGUAUAGCAGAAGUACUGAUAAAGAAACAAAAGUAGAAAAGCGUGAAACAUUCGGCUCCCAGUCAUCCUGCGUAGCAGACCCAGCCAAACCCUUCCUUCAAGCGUUAUCAGAGACUAAAGUUGAAGAUUCAUCAGCUCUGAAAUUCCUCUCCAUUGUUAACCGAUAUUAUAAGCAUAAGCGCAUGGUUCUUCACAUGGAGUUUCAUGAUGACCAUCCAGUUGAGAAAGUGGGUCGUCUGUUGAUGAUUUGUCUGCUCAAACAUCAAGACCUUGGUAAUAUGGCGUUAAGUGUUGUAGAACAAAGUCCUAUAUCACCAAAGUCGGCAUCAUUGCCAGACCUAACAUCUUCACAUCCUGGUCCCAGUGCCUUAUCGGGUCAGACCCUGACAACCAUGCCCAAACCAAUAGCAGAAGUCCUUAAGGUGGUGCAUCAAGCUAAAUGCGCUCUCAUUAAGGCCCGUCAAGAAUCUUCUCGAUCGUACGAGGAAGUUUGCCUACCAGCCAUAGAGAGAUGCAGGUUCUUGUUCACUGUACUUCGACCUGCCGUAUCUACUGAGGUUAACACUUUAACAAGACUAAAGAUAAAGAAUACCGUGCCAAGAUGGGUGCAAAUAGUACGUAAGAUGAUUCGAGGUAAAAGAUCUCUAAAAGGACAAGAAAAAUCCACAACAGAGGAAAAGAACGACUCUCACGAGGGAGACACCACUGCCGCAUCAAAGGAAUCGCAUGAUGAGGAACAAACUACAGAGGACCAAGUCCACCAAGACAAGCCCGUUCACCACCUGACCAACACAAGACUUACAAGCGUAAGGAAAGUGAAGUGGUUAAGAGAAAGAAUUCUGUCCUCAUCAGAAGAAACCGUAUUGAUGAAUCACAUUAAAGACUUUAUCCUUGAAGAUGAACCCAUUGAUAUUGAAACACUGCACAAAGCAUUAGAAAAUCAGGUGAAGCGCGCAAAGCUCAGGCUUCGAGGAGCCGAGAAUAUCUUAUCAUUGGUUGCUAAGGAUCAUUUGAUUCCCUCAGUACGCUAUGCCAUUCUCUGUGGUUGGCAGGGACUUUUAACGUCACGGCCUCGUGCACGGGAUCCCGAACCGCACUGCCUUACCAAUGUUGAUCUUGUACCUCCUUGUGAUCGUGUACAACUCGAAACUACAUACAGCAAACUGAACAUGUGGGCUAUUAAUACUUUACGUGGUUCUGUCCACUUUGGUGACGGGACAUUCAAGAUGGCAGAAGGUCGGUCUAACACAACCCCUAACCAGUACCGUGGUGGUUUGUCCUUAGGGGCAUUACCUGUUGCUAGGUUUUUGUUAGCAGCUCUUGGUGUGCUCACGGCUGAUCACAGAUCAGGUGAUGUGAGUGUCAUCUUGAACUCUGGCGUCGUGGGUCUUACCCAGACCAUCAUGCGCCUUGCUGGACCAUGUGAGAGUGGAGAAGAAGAAGACGCUGCCUUGGCAGCAAUAAUAGAUGAGGGCAAAACUUCAAAGAAACGACCUGUCGUACCUUUAACGGGUCCCGAAGUGGUCAAGUUAAUGAAGAUUGGUACACGAGUCGUGCGUGGACCUGACUGGAAGUGGGGUGAUCAAGAUGGCCCUCCACCUGGCGAAGGUAGGAUCAUAAGUGAGAUAGGAGAAGACGGCUGGGCACGAGUACAGUGGGCUACUGGUAGUACCAAUUCGUAUCGUAUGGGUAAAGAAGGCAAAUACGAUCUUAAGCUGGCCGGUCCUCCCCCUGUACCUGAAAGUAGCGACGAAGAGGAAGAAGACAUGAAAGAUGAUUCCAAGACCGAAAAGACAGAGAUACAAUCAAGUCAUCCAACAGCUCUAAUCAGGCAGUCGUGUUUGUGUUUAAUGCGAGCUCUGGUUAUCACGUCUGGAUUACAUGCAGACGAUGUGCAGCUGACUCGCGUGAGGACCGUUAGUGCCUUGCUACACCAGUUGGUUGCGUUUGGUACUUCUGUUACGGGAAGCACAGCGCAAAAUGUACAAGCACAACAGUUCCGUGACUGGGCAAAGCUUGGAUUCAUUCGUAGUAUUGCGAUAAAGUCUACCAUGCGCAGAGCCCUCAGUAGCACCCAAUGGGUGAAUCUCUUACUUCGACUUGUCAGUGGAUCCAUACCCGAAGAUGAUACGACGUCAACUGCUACGCAUCUUCCUAGACAGGUAUUAGCGUUACGAUUGCUUCGUUCAGUAUUGUCGUCGUGGGAAAGUAAAAGCGACCUUACUCGUAUGACUGACUUGGUUGAGAAGCUAUUUGCUUUGCUAGGAAAAGUCCUUAUGGCUUGUACUGGAACCCUACCUGCACAAAGUAGCAUGAGUGAGAAGGGCAAACGGAGCCGAAAAAAGGCUAAAGCCCCUGCUUCAGUCUCAGCCACUUACAGCAGCACAGUAGCAGAGGAGCUAGUUACUUUACUGCGGCGCCUACACGCAAUGGAGAGCUGGAACCCGCUUGUAAAUGACUUCAUCAGCGAAAGACUUGGAAGUAUUGCCUUGAUAACAUCAUCGAGCACUUUGUGUGAGCAGUCAGAAGCGUCACAGAUGCCAAGCGAAUCGUUUAAAGAUCCUUCAGACCAGGGUUCAGUUAUGGCUGUACUCGCAGUCAUUGGUGGUGUAGAUAGUCGACCUCGUCUGGGGGGAGUGGUACAGCAUAAGGACUGGGGACAAGGCACUGUUAGUCGAAUCGCUCCAAAUGGUAAAGUGACUGUGCAGUGCACUGACAACAGUAAACCAAAAAUAUGUCCUAUAUCACAAGUGAAGGCCGUUCCUGUUUACUCGUUCUCUGUUGAUAACUUACCCAUGUCAGAAGCAACACUAGGAAUCUGGGCAUCUUUAAUACGAUUGGCUGGAACAGGACAGCGAAAAACACCUGAGCCUCCCUCCACAGACUUUGAGCUACCAACUCCACCAUGCCAAGAAAUGACAGAUCCCAGCAAACCUCCUCUCAGGCUACUGAAAUCUGCAGAAACUAGAAAAGUUGAAAAAGUGGAUACGACGCUGCUUCGUCAACAACAAAUCAACCUUGGUCUUCUAAAGGCUGCUCGUGUCUUGUUCAGUCGUCAAGAUAACCUGCGACAAAUUUUGACGCACCAGGGUGGUGACGAGACAGGUAGUAGAACCUUUUCUUUGCGACAACUCAUGGCAGCUGCCAUCAAACCCUCGCCAAUAAAAUCGAUGUUUGAUCGUGAAGAACUGGAAGCGGCUGCUUUGGCCACUUGUCAGUUUCUUGCUACGGAAGCAAGUCGACCAGAAGAAUCUACUCCUCCUCCUCCUCCUCCUCCUUCUACUGAAGAACGCUCUGAUUCACCAUCUGUGGCCCAGCAAACAGUUGCUUCGAAAAAACAUCCAAAGCAGCAUUCGAAACACCAAAAAGGACAAAAGAAAAUUCGAAUCAAGAAACAAAAACCCGCUCCAGUGGAACCUAAAGUACAACAGCUGAUAGAGAUGGGAUUCCCGAGAACACACGUGGAAUAUGCGUUAAAAGAAUUACGUGAAGAAGAUGAUCCAAGAACAGAGCUUGUCGUUGCAUGGUUACUUGAUCACACAGGGCUUGAGGUGCCAGAAAGAGAGGCUGACGCUGCAGAAUCAUCAAGUGAUGAGUCAUCUGACGAUGAUGGCGAUUAUAACAGCGACACUAGUUCUAGCAGCGAUUCCGAUAUGUCCUCCUCAGACAGUGAGGGCACCAGUCCACCUACAGACUUUAAAGUGCGCAGUGAUUUCACAAGUAACGACGAGUAUGCCCGCUAUGUUAGGGAGCAUAUACAAGUGGGGAUGAUGGUCCGCUGCUGUCGUACCUAUGAGGAAGUGCAUGAAGGAGACAUAGGACGUGUUAUUAAGCUUGAUAGGGAUGGCUUACAUGAUCUUAACGUACAGGCUGAUUGGCAGCGUAAAGGAGGCACGUACUGGGUUCGCUACGUUCAUGUGGAAUUGCUUGGCCACGAUUCGUACGCUCAACGUGGAAUUAUUAAAGUUGGUGAUCGUGUUCGAGUGAAGAGCACUGUUACAACACCUAAAUACAAGUGGGGUUCAGUGAAUCAUAAUAGUAUAGGAACAGUGGUGUCAUUAAGCCCUAAUGGGAAAGAUGUUAAGGUGGACUUCCCUCAGCAAGCCAACUGGACAGGUCUUAUCACAGAAAUGGAGGUGGUACCAGCCAAACAUACAGGAGUCACUUGUGAUGGCUGUCACAUGUCUCCCAUCGAGGGUUCUCGGUUCAAGUGUAAAACUUGCCCAGAUUUUGACUACUGCGAGAACUGCUUCAGGAUACGUCGAACCCAUAGACAUCCAUUUUACCGCUUCSAAGAGCCUGGGAGUAUACCAGUUAACGCGGGCAAACCUGGCCGUGGUCGUAAGAAGUCAAGCACGAGUCCUGGAUCUGGAGAUAUAAUCAUUAAAGAAUGGGGUCGCGUGGUGAAGGAUUUGUCAGUGUCGUCACGUGAGAACCAAGCGUACCGAUUGGUAGAUAGUACUGACUCAUACUGGCAGUCAUCUGGUCCACAGGGAAAGCAUUGGAUACGUCUAGAGUUGUAUCCCGAUCUUAUAGUGCACCGUCUGACCAUGACCACAGAUCCAUCAGACAGCAGCUACAUGCCCUCCCUUAUCGUCAUCUCUGCUGGUGAUUCAGUCACGCGACUUAAAGAGAUCAAGACAAUCCACGUUGGUUCAAGUGACUCUCUAGUAACACUACUAGAGGAUGUGCAGGAAGAGUAUCGUUUCAUUGAAAUAGGAAUUCGCCAGUGUAAAAGUAGCGGUAUAGACUGCAAAAUACAUGGUCUUACAAUAUCUGUCCGUCCUAAAGCUGACGAGGAUGAUGUUGCAGCCAGUUUUUCGUUUAUGGCGCUUGAUGAAGAGGACGAUAUGUAUGUACAUACGAGGACAUCGAGAAAGAAAACAUCGGUAACGCACAUUACACAAGAAGGACAAGUCAAGGUGUUUGUAUGGGGACUGAACGACAAGGAUCAACUGGCAGGGCUCAAAGGAUCAAAGGUCAAGACCCCGGUGUUGUCUGAGUUCUUGAGUGCCCUAAGAGUCCAACAAGUAGCAGGCGGCUCUAAAACUCUGUUCGCUGUCUCGCAUGAUGGCAAAGUAUUCGCUUGUGGAGAAUCUACUAACGGACGGUUGGGCCUGGGGCCUCUGACUGGUAACAUUGCUGUACCUCGGCAAAUUGAAGCCUUGAAUCAGUUUGUAGUGAAGAAAGUCUGUGUUCACUCUGGAGGUCGUCAUUCUAUGGCCUUGACUAUCGAAGGCAAGCUGUUCUCUUGGGGAGAAGGAGAUGAUGGAAAACUUGGACAUGGAAAUAAAACCACAUAUGACCGUCCUAAGUUAUUGGAAUACUUCAAGACCAAAUGUGUGCGUGACAUGUCUUGUGGUAGUUCUCAUAGUGCUGCUAUCUUGUCUAAUGGUGCACUGUACACAUGGGGUCUGGGCGAGUAUGGACGUCUGGGACAUGGAGAUAACCAAACGCAACUAAAACCAAAACAGGUCCAGUCUCUAGCCAGUCAUCGUGUAAUUGACGUAGCUUGCGGUAGUCGCGAUGCCCAAUCCAUUGCUUUAACCGAUGAUGGCACGGUAUGGACGUGGGGAGACGGAGACUUUGGUAAACUUGGCCGAGGAGGGAGUGAAGGUUGUAGCACGCCUCACCCAGUUGAUAAGCUACAGGGACAAGGUGUCUGUAAAGUAGCCUGUGGUGCUCAGUUUUCUCUUGCUUUAACCACAUCAGGCCUUGUUUGGACCUGGGGUAAAGGAGACUACUUUCGUUUGGGCCAUGGCAACGACACCCAUGUACGGAAGCCACAAAUAGUGGAUGGUCUUCGAGGAAAAAAAAUAGUUGAUGUGGCUGUUGGUGCAUUACACUGUAUGGCCGUCACUGACCAGGGACAGGUGUAUGCAUGGGGUGACAAUGAUCAUGGACAGCAAGGUAACAACACUACCACAGUUAACAAGCGACCGCAACCUGUAUCUGGGCUAGAAGAUCAUAAGAUAACGCGAGUAGCUUGUGGUUCAUCACACAGCGUAGCCUGGGCUGAGUCAGACCUCCCUCGUCCUACUAUUCAUGAACCUGUGAUGUUCCCAGUAGCACGUGAUCCACUUGGGGCAUCCUGCCUAACKUCUGAAGCAUCUCGUGAUAAACCAGUAACUAUGGCAACCGAUGUCAUAAGCAAUGAAAUCGCCGGCAAGCGUCACAGACCUUCAUUAGCUAAAAUCGUUUUAUCUCUCAAUUCGAAUCAUGAACGCCAACAAUCUUUAAGUCACAUACUGACAUCACUGCAGAUCAUGUAUGCUAGAGAUAGUGUUGUAGAAGCUUUAAUGGAUUCCAAAGCUUUCCUCAGUACUGACCCGAAGGCAAGCCCGCGGGAUGAUCCCGCAGGUAAAGUGACUUCUUUAAUGUCAGUGCCAGAAGUCGAGCUGGAUGACAUCACAUUGACAGUUAGCGAGGAAACCAGGGAUAAACCAAUUGUCGAAGGACUUGAUGAGUUUACAGGGAUCCUUGGUAGAGAAGACGCAAGGCUGUUAGUCGAACUUCUAAAACUUGCUGUGGCUAAUCGCACAGGGGAGCAUGGUAAGGAUGUACUGUCAAGAGUCUUACGGGCGCUAGCACAGGGAAGAUCUGAGGUCGCAGAUAUGCUGCUUGAGUUGUGUAUUACAGAGCUAGAGGAAGUUGCUAUGAAUAACAGUGAUUCUCAUACAGCCUUUCAGCCCGUUGUACAGGAAAGUACUCAUCCAUACACAGAAAAUACCAACACUGCUGGGGUUGUCAAGAUAACCGGAGCCGAAGGCCUGAGAGUGGAGUUUGACAAGCAGUGCUCGACAGAAAGACGUCAUGAUCCACUAACAAUCAUGGAUUCCACUGGUCGUAUUAUAUCAGUGCGGUCGGGUAGAGAGUGGUCGGAAUGGUCGAGUGAACUGAGAAUCAGUGGUGACGAGUUGCGAUGGAAGUUUACAAGUGAUAGUUCAGUAAAUGGUUGGGGUUGGAAGUUUACCGUAUACCCGAUCACCCCGGCAUCUGCUCCAUGUGAUAUUCUAUCUGACAGAUCCUUACUUACAAGACCAUCAAUAGAUCUUGUACGAUGUUUGUUGGACUUCCAGCUCGAAACGAUGUGCAGUCAGUCACAGAUUCCUCGUCUUGCUGCAGCCCUUGCCUCGUGCGCACAGCUUGGUACACUUUCCGCUGGUCAGAGAACUUGGGCGCUUCAUCGACUUUGUAAACUAUUGACGUCUGAAUUUGGACCGCCCGUAGACGUUCCAACUUUACUGGGCUUCAAUCUGAUGUAUGAUGAGACACCAAUCAAGCUUAAGUAUAUCGGCAAUCAAAACAUGACCAAGGCUAUUUCAGCUUCGGCCCUUGGAAGUCUUAUACGAGGACUGCCCGAUGCCUUACGAAGACAGCACGAAUACGAAGAGCCUUUAGUUCGCGGUGGCAAGCAUCUGCUUCACAGUGACUUUUUCAAGGUGCUUGUUGCCUUAGCAUGUGAUCUUGGUAUCGACUUACUGCCAUGUUGUAUGGACCGGCAUGACUGGGCUUGGUUCAGGCGCUACUGUAUGGCUUCCCGUAUAGCAUCUUCACUAGAGUCCAGGCUUCCUCUUCCUUUAGACUUUGUGCAAGAUGUACAGGAGAAGAUAAAAGAGCUGACUACCGAAGGAGAGACGGGAGAAGAUUAUCUGGACCAUACGAUAUUCAAGAGAGAGCAAGACGAACAAUUGCURCUUUGGCUUAAUCAGCGGCCAUCUGAUUGGACCAUGACAUGGGGAGGAAGUGGCACCAUAUAUGGGUGGGGCCAUAACCACAGGGGUCAGCUCGGAAGUAUUGAAGGUGCUAAAGUCAAACUACCCCAAGCAAGUGAGGCCCUAGCUGCUAUAAGACCCACACAGAUAGUAGGAGGUGAACAGACUCUUUUCGCUGUCACUGCAGAAGGAAGGGUGUAUGCUACAGGUUAUGGUCAUGGAGGUAGACUAGGGCUAGGUGGAACAGACACGGUUACAUCAAUGAAAAUGAUCGAGUCCUUUCAACACGUGGUUAUCAAGAAGGUCGCUGUGCAUUCUGGUGGUAAACAUGCCAUGGCGUUGUCUGUAGAUGGAGAUGUAUUCACUUGGGGAGAAGGCGACGAUGGAAAACUUGGGCACGGUAACAGAAAUUCGUGUGACCGUCCACGUGUUAUCGAGGCCCUUCGAGGAAAGGGAGUGRUUGAUAUAUCUUGCGGUGGAUCACACAGUGCAUGUGUUACCCUCAGCCAUGAACUGUACACAUGGGGAAAAGGACGAUAUGGACGACUCGGGCAUGGAGACAGUGAGGACCAGCUAAUCCCUAAAUUAGUCGAAGCAUUACGUGGAUACAGGGUUAUCGAUGUAGCCUGUGGCAGUGGUGACGCGCAGACCUUGUGUUUGACUGAUGAUGAUUGUGUCUGGUCUUGGGGUGACGGUGAUUAUGGCAAGUUAGGACGUGGUGGUAGUGAUGGAUGUAAGGUACCCAUGCGUAUUGAAUCCCUGAUAGGCCUGGGGGUGUGUAAGGUGGAGUGUGGCUCGCARUUCUCUGUAGCCCUCACAAAGUCUGGCGCUGUCUAUACUUGGGGCAAGGGUGACUACUAUCGCCUGGGGCACGGUACAGAUGAUCAUGUACGUAGACCUAAACGUGUAGCAGCACUGCAGGGCAAGAAGAUCAUCGCCAUAUCAACAGGAUCUUUACAUUGUGUAGCAUCUACAGAUACAGGGGAGGUAUACACAUGGGGUGAUAAUGAUGAAGGACAGUUAGGAGAUGGUACAACUAAUGCUAUCCCGAGGCCACGACUAGUCACUGCACUGCAGGGCAAAAAAAUCUCUGGUGUGGCGUGUGGGUCAGCUCAUACCAUUGCAUGGUCAACCUCCAAACCAACCAAUGCUGGGAAGCUCCCUACUGAAAUACCCAUGGAGUAUAAUCACCUACACAACAUCCGUUUAAAUGAUCUUCGCAACAGACUUAUCCUACUACACCAGUUCUCUGAGCUUUUUUGCUCGUCCAUAACAAUAUUCGAUUUGCAUACUUCACAAGACGAUGAGCUAGAUAACGGCCCCUUGAUUGGUCUAAAUACUUUAAGGGGCGUAUUAAUUCCUUCAAAUAAAGAAGCUGCGUUCCGCAAGGUUGUUCAGACAACAAUGGUACGAGACAGGCAACAUGGGCCAGUUAUUGAACUUAACAGAAUACAGGUUAAGAAGUACCGCUCUAAAGGGGGCCUAGCAGGUCCAGAUGGAGCUAAGUCCGUCUUUGGCCAGGCCUGCGAGAAAAUGAGUAAUUUUGGCCCAGAAAGUUUGUUUCUCCCUCAUCGUGUAUGGAAAGUAAAAUUCAUAGGCGAGAGUGUUGACGACUGUGGCGGAGGUUACUCCGAGUCUAUCGCAGAAAUGUGUGACGAGCUGCAAAAUGGCUCUCUACCACUACUGAUUGUCACUCCCAACGGGCGAGAAGAGUCUGGUGCUAACCGUGACUGCUUCAUAUUUAACCCGGACGCUAAAUUUCAAACUAACCUUCAUAUGUUCCGCUUUUUGGGAGUGCUAAUAGGAAUUGCUAUACGCACAGGAAGCCCGCUUAGCCUCAACCUGGCCGAGCCAACCUGGAAACAGCUAGCGGGUAUUCCUCUAACGGUAUCCGACUUAGCCGAGAUUGACAAGGAUUAUGUACCGGGUCUGAUGUGUAUUCGGGAUAUGGAUGCCGAGACAUUUGAAGCUAUGGAAAUGCCAUUUAGUACCCCUAGUGCUAGUGGAUGUGAAGUGCCUCUACAUUCAAAGAUCAAGACUAUCUCGCUUGACAAUCGAGAAGAGUACGUGCGUUUGGCAUUGAAUUACAGACUACGUGAAUUUGAUGACCAGGUCGCAGCAGUUCGUGAAGGCAUGGCAAGAGUUGUCCCAGUACCCCUAUUAUCCCUUUUUACUGGCCCAGAGCUUGAAACCAUGGUCUGUGGUAGUCCAGAUAUCCCAUUAGAUCUUCUGAAAUCUGUUGCGACGUACAAGGGAAUUGAUGCCACGGCACCAUUAGUUCGUUGGUUCUGGGACACCUUAGAAGCUUUCUCCAACGCUGAGAGAUCUUUGUUUUUGAGAUUCGUAUGGGGAAGGACAAGACUUCCAAGAACCAUUGCUGAUUUCCGCGGAAGGGACUUUGUAUUUCAGGUGCUAGACAAGUAUAACCCUCCAGAUCACUACCUCCCUGAGUCUUACACGUGCUUUUUCUUACUAAAGAUGCCACGGUAUUCAAGUCAGCGUAUUCUGUGCGAAAAACUCAAAUACGCAGUGCACUUUUGCAAAUCUAUUGAUUCUGAUGACUACGCGCGCAUUGAUUUGACUGGAGAUCCAGCGGAAGGAUUCGAAGAUGUCGAAGCAUUUUGAAUGCAAUCCGAAAUGAGAAAUUUGUAAUUCAGCGUAUUAUGAUUUUCGUCUGCACAAUGGAAUAUAAAUAGUGGAUCUUCUGAUUUAUUGGACAAAACUAUGGUCACGUCUCUUUUAAAUAAAAUUUUKAGUCAAGACUUUGUGUUAGGAAAACGUGUUAGAAAUAAAUAAUGAAUGCCACAAAAUGCAAAAAGGAAAAAAGUGAUAGUUAAACCUAUGUACGAUAAAAGGACAAGCUGCAUUCCAACCAAUUCCAUUCAGCUGCAUAUUGAUAAAAGGAUUGGUCAACUAAAUUAGCUAAAACAAAUCCGUUUAACUCGUUGUGUUUCCACUUUCCGAAUAAUAUUAGCUGGCUUAGAAAAUGUUAACAGACUUUAUAAAAGUUUCAAGAGUGAAAAGGCCUCUAGAUAAUGUUAUUUAUUUCGAGAUAUUAAAUUCUUUCUUUAUA